CUAAUAUCUGUCUGUCUCUCACCAUCGCUCCCCCUCUCGCGUUAAAUUCAAAAGAUGAAUGCAAAAAAAGUGACUCUCUAAUAUUUUGGAAAUUUCUGAUAACUCUCAUGGAAACUCCCAUGAAGUUUCCAAUUAAAUGAAAGCAACGAGUUCCAGGGGGUUUGUUCGUGCUCCUUUUUUUUCCUCUAGACGGUGGUGAAGAAGAAGUUAAGAAGUAUGGGAUGGUUCUCCUGCUUCUUCAGUCCAUCUACUACACAAGAUGAUCCAUCUGAGGAUCAAUAUAAAACGGCCAUCAAAAUAUCAAAGCAUGAAAAAGAAGAUGGCAUCGUACGUCAGAAAAGAGAAAAAGAGGAACAGGCUGCGAUAGAGAGAGCAACGCAAGAAAGCUUGAAGCAAUUUGAGAAAGAGGAAGCAGAGAGAAGAUUACAAGAGUCAAAGGAGAAAGGCAAACAUGAGAAAGUGGUUGUUGAUGAUGAUGAAAGAGUAGAUACUGAACAGAUUGAGAUGAAAAGGGCAAGGGAAGAAAGCUUGAAGCAAUUUGAGAAAGAGGAGGCAGAGAGAAGAUUAGAAAAGUCAAAGGAAGAAGGCAAAAGAAAGCAAGUGGAGGAGGAGGAUAAGGGACAAUUUAAGCAUUCCAAAGACAAACAAGUUGCUCCUCCUAGCAUAUGCAAUGGUUGCAAAUCUGAGAUCAAAGAUGGACUAUCUGUCAAAGCCCUUGGUGAUCUUUGGCAUCCUCAAUGUCUAUGUUGCCUUCAUUGUCACAAACCAAUUGCCAUGGACCAGAUUACAAGAAAAGGAAAAUUUCAUAGAUCUUGCUAUAAGGAGCAGCGUCACCCCACCUGCUGUGUCUGCCUAAAGAAGAUUCCUUCAACAGAGGAAGGUAUAAAGUACAAUGAGCAUCCGUUCUGGAAGGAGAAGUACUGUCCUUGUCAUGAUAGUGAUGGAACUGCCAAGUGUUGUAGCUGUGAAAGAUUAGAGCCUAAGGGAACAAACUUUGUGAUGCUUGGUGAUGAUCGGUGGCUAUGUCUACACUGUAUUGGAUCUUCCGUCAUGGAUAGUGAUGAAUGCAUUGACUUGCAUGUGGAAAUCCGUGACUUUUUAGAAGGUUUGUUCUUUAAAGUUGAUAAAGAGUUUCCUCUUCUUUUGGUUGAGAAACAAGCUCUGAAUAAAGCUGAGAAAGAAGAGAAGAUUGACUAUGAUCAUGCAGUGGUAACAAGAGGUAUUUGCUUGUCCGAAGAGCAAUAUGUCACAAGUGUCAAAGAAGGACCAAAGAGGGGACCAAACAACACGCUAAUCAACAUGGUUACUGAGACUCAAAUGGUGAGUGGAUGUGAGGUCACCGCAAUUCUCAUCAUAUAUGGACUUCCUAGGUUACUCACAGGAUAUAUCUUGGCUCACGAGAUGAUGCAUGCUUGGCUUAGACUCAACGGUUAUAAAAAUCUUAAGUUAGAGCUUGAAGAAGGACUAUGUCAAGUGUUAGGCCUCAAGUGGUUGGAGUCUCAUACAUUUUCUUCUGCUUCUUCUUCUUCCAACACCCCUCCAGCUGCAAGCACGUCGAAGAAAGUUGACGACUGGUCUGAUUUUGAGAAGAAGCUCGCCGAGUUUUGCAUUCAUCAGAUAAAGGAAGAUGAUACACCGCUCUAUGGUCGAGGAUUUAAACAGGUUUACGAGAUUUUGGUCUCAAAUCACUACAGCCUUAAGGAAACCCUGAAAGACAUCGUCAACGCUUCCAAGAGUGUACCAGUUUCAAAGUUUUGAGUGACUCGAUCAGCCCAUAUGUUAUACGUAUACCAAUAAUAUACAUAAACACAUAUACGUACACACUGCUUUCUACUUUUGUAGUAUUGCUCUUUAUUCUGUUUCUAACAGUUUUUCUUCUUUGUUUUUGCGCGUCAUACAAAUGUUCUCUUUUCGUUACACUCAUGAACUUCUUGAUUUGGGGAAAGGAGUCUUUAAAACUGUCUACGCAAUUCUAUAGAUUAGAAGAAUUAAGUAGAGAAAGUUUUCAUUAGGUAUAAUGAAGUUUAUUUUAAUCUCAAUAAAACCUUUAGGCGGUAAUAUUUUUAGUUUGGUAUCCGGAUAUAUAUGAAGAAAACAAAAAGAAAUAAGAUCAAGAAGGAGCAGCUGAAUUAGUCAACGCUGGACGAUGUAUCUUCUGUAGCUUUGUAAACCGGUCAAUAUCAAAACCAAGCGAUUUAAUCAAUUGAAUCUGCUUCUUCUCGAACCGGCUUUUGAAAAAACCUCCGAAAGUAGGUUCCUUUGAUGUUCGGAGGAAGAAGCCAUAACCAGCCAUGAAAUAACCCAUACUUACGUAAUAGCAUAUUGGCUCCAUCACGUCCCAUGACAGUUCCCAAAAUGUCAACCUAAAACAUCCAAUAGUUGGAGCUAUCACAAGCCCUAAUCCUGCAUAUAAUUCUCUCUUUGCC